CAGCCACCACCUCAAAGCAGAUUAACACACCGAAAAGCAUGAAGGUGGACACAAUAGCCUUUGCAAACCCUUAAAACAUUUCCUCUUGUGAAUAUUUCCUCAUUUUUCUUUGAGUUAUAUCCGACAAGUGACGUUUGACUGUGUUUCAGGAUGAUGUUGACCACCAGACUGACCUGACAUACGACCAUGGACGAUGACUUGACCCUGGUGACCCCAGAUGACCCUUGGCACCAGACACUGUAAUACUGACCCUGCGGCACCAUGCUACCCCGCUGGAUGACUCUGGUAGCCUGGGUGACCCUACUUCUACUGCUGGUCUACCCAAGUGACUCCUUCCUCCUUGGCUAUGUGAUUGAUACGAGCGUGGAGGCGGCCGAUGGCUACGAAAUCAUCAACCCCCUCGACAGCUGGUUUCUCGGGGGCGCCACCAGCAUCGUGUAUAACGCCCUAACCUUCAACUUCUUCGGGAUAAAGGAAUGGAUCAGGCAUAUCUAUGAAGUGGUUGCCUCGUAUGCGAUCUUCGAAGGGCUGGGACUCGUCAUCACAGCGGUGGUCAACAUCAUCGCGGCCAUCGCUGUCUCAGUCACGGAAAUCAUAACGGUGAUCGUCGCUAAUAUCAUCGAGGGUGUGUGGAGAGCGAAGCUGGCCAUCCUCGAGUUCCUGUUCAGGGUAUUCACGGGAAGGAGUUUUGACGGGGUGGCAGGUCUGGUGCGUGCCCUCAGUGAUAUCUAUGGACUCGAUUACACACUGUGACAAAACGCUUGGCCAUGAGACUUGACUUGACAGAUGGAAGGAAGAUAAAGGAACUGACCUGACCUACCCUAACCCAGUACAGUCAUCCCUCAAAUAGUACAGUUUCCAAUAGUUCAGUUUCGGUUUUAUGUGGAUUUUCAAAGAUUUUUUUAGGAUUUUUUAAUUUUCCGACGAACAGGAAAUUUAAAAAUCCUUAAAAGAUCUUCUGUGACAAUCUGUAUAAAACUGAAACCGAACUAUUGGAAACCGUACUAUUUGAGGGACGACUGUAUAUCCUCCUUGGACAGACGAUUCCUUGGGUAGAAGGAAAAAAAGUGGAUAAAAAGUUGAAUAAAGAGUAAAUCCCUGACCUAUUGUAAUCAAUCUUCCAUGGACAGAUGUGUGAUAGUCUGACCAUGCAGUGGACUAGGGUGGAAGGAAGAAAAGGUAAAUGAACAGUACCUGACCUAUCCUAAUCUAAUCUAUCUUCCUUGGGCAUGUAAGAGUUCCUUCCAGGGGUGGCCGCAGCAAAUGUGUCUCAAUCUCUCCCUGUUCUGGCACUCCCUCUCAGCACACUCGCUCCAAUACUCGCUCACCCGAUAGAUCCAUUUCACAGGUGGUCUUCCCCUGACACCCCCUCCCUCAAUCCUUCCCCCAUACACCCUCUUCACAAAUUCAUUCUCCCCCAUUCUCACCAUGAGUAAUUGAGUUGGGUGGAAGAAAAGUGAAAAGAGUGAAUACCUGACUCAGCGUAACCUAAUCUAUCUUCCUUGGGCAUAAGUGUGAUAGUUUGGGCAUGCAGUGGAAGAAACAAGGUGAAGAAACAACAGUAUAUACAUGACGUAACCUAACCUAUACUCCUUGAACCGUUGUGAUAGUCUGGGCAUGAUUAUGAAUCCACAGAACACACACUGGACUUUGCCGGAAGAAAACAAGGUGAAGAAACAACAGUAUAUACAUGACGUUACCUAACCUAACCUAACCAGUACUCCUUGAACCGUUGUGUGAUUACGAAUCCACGGAACACACACUGGACUUUGCUGGAAGAAAACAAGUGAAGAAACAACAGUAUAUACAUGAC